AACCUCUCCGGUCCGUUUAAGCGGAUUUACUUUCCGGGUCGUUACUCUUAAAUUCAAAUUCAAUUUGACCUGCCAGGAUCCCUAAUUUUGUCAACUCUGAAAUACUUAUAAGGAAAGUUAUACAGAAAUCAUGUUUAAAGAUUCGCUAAAAUAAAAUGUUUACAAAUACCUUUUAAUUGAAUGUUUUCCGCCAAUUAUUGAAUCUGUAAUAUUAACAAUAGCUAAUCGCAUUAAUUAUUUUAAUGUUUGCUGUAUAAAACUUUGAUGUUUGUUUUAAUUAAACCUUUAUAUUAAUUAGUUUUUCGCACUUAAUGUGCUAAGUCAUUGAGAUGCAUACUCAAGUUUCUCCCGCGCUGCACGGAUGAAUGAUCAUUUCAUUGUGCAGCAUAAGAUAUAAGCACGCGGCACAGUCAAUUUAUCAGAUUUGUGUUGAUAUAAUAAUAUACGAUUGCGUCAUAAAACAACAUUGUAAAUAACUAAUUUCCCUUCGGGCCAUAAACAAAUAAAACAUUCUUGCAUCUGGACUAAACUUACUAGAUAAUCUUAAAAAGAAGCCGAACUUGAAGAAAGAAUGAACACUCCAAGAAGUGGUCUUAUUCGAGCAACUGAAGGAGCUAUUAAAGAAUAUAUUAGGGAUGGAUGUGUAGAAAACUUGCCCAUGAUACGACAACUAGAAGAUGUCGCCUUCCAGUUUUGGUUAGAAUCGAACACGUCAUUUCUGAACGAGACGAUUGAGACUGUGGAAGACGAAGAUGACUGGAUUUGGGACGAGGAAUAUUUAUUUCAAAGUUUUACAGGACAUGCAGACGACAAAUUGAUAGACGCAAUUGAUGAUUCCAACAGCUCUAUCUGUAGUUCUAUCAAGCCCUGUGAUGAAACAGAUUGUUCUUUUGGCUAUCUAGCAAGUUGUGAAGAUAACAACAUUUUGGAUCUUUCUGAAAUUGAAAACUGGGAUCUGUUAGAGAAUAAUGUUAUUGACGUACAUGUAACAGAAAAUGUCGACUAUGAGAACAAACGGAAUAAACAUGACAAUCGGGCAGAAUUGAUUCAUUGUCUAUCAACGAAGUUGAACAAAACUGAAAUCGUGAACGAUAUAUCAACAAAUGGUGAUACAAGCUACGAUAGUCGUGAUCGGGUAAACGAUGAUAUGGAUAUAAUAGAGUCAGGAAAUACUAACGAAGAUGAGUGGGUAGUUGUGAACUAUGACGUGAACGAUUGUGUGCCUAGCAGUGAAUGGUUCAUUGUAUCGGUUAAUGAAACAAGCGAGAGUGCUGUAGAAACAAUGAGUAUGAGGCAAACGUCUCCUGUUGACGUAAACCACAGUUCUAGUGAACAAAACGUGAAGAAGUUAAACGACAACGCAACAGACGAUAUAGAUGGUGCAUUUGAUAUAAGUGAAUGGGCAGUGCUUUCAAUGAGAAUAUCUGAGAUAGAUACUAGUUCUGACAAACAGGAAAUAGAUAAGAAACAGGCUGACUUUUCUCCUAGAUUUGAAUCACAUGAUAUUAUGGAAGCCUAUAAACAAACUGAACAAAUGGAAUUUAUUCAAGGAGCAUUUGGACUUAAAAAACAAAGUUCUUGUGAAAAACAUGUUGAUAGAUGUCCAUUAUGUAGAAAUAGAAAAGAAAAUUAUAAAUGUGCUAUUUUUUGUUUACUUUUGGAGUAAAAGUUGUAAAAUAAAAUUAUAUUUC